AUGCCGGUAGACGAUAUAGACUGGCGCCGCCCUCUCUUUAAAGUGAUACUUCUAGGGGAGGUGGGCGUCGGCAAAUCUUCACUGUUUCUUAGGGUAAAGGACAAUACGUUCAUCCAGGGGCUGCAGCCGACAGUUGGCAUUGAAAGCUGCGUGAAGACGUUGUACGUCGAGGACGAAAAGGUCGCGCUGGUUCUCUGGGACACUGCAGGUGUGGAAAAGUUCAAAACGAUGACCAGGAACUACUACCGCAACACGCAUGCUGCCGUGCUCGUGUAUGACGUUAACAAUCCAGCCUCGCUCCAAUAUCUCUCAAAAUGGGCCAAUGACGCUCUUGAUUUCGCUCCAAAUGCCUUGAGAUUUAUAAUGGGGAACAAAUCGGAUCUGGAAAGAAAUGUAAUAACGGACAGCACCGAGAACUUCCGCUAUGCACACAAUUGCGAAUGCGUACUUCCGGUUUCCGCACUAACAGGCGAGGGAAUAGACAACGCUUUAACUAUCAUUGCUACAAAGCUUAUGGGUGCUUACAAGACGCCAUUGUUUUACGAAUCUCUGUACAACAGCACUGUAGAAAUCACGAGGUAUCAACCACGACAGCGAGGCAAACCACCGAGGGAGUGUUGUCAGACGGUUUAA